CUUUUUUUUAUAUAUAUAUUUCUUAAUCAAUCUCUAUAAAUAGCAAGUGGUCAUAAAGCCACCAUACAGAAUAGAGAAGGACUCGAGAGUAAUUCUAAUUAGUGAUUGAAGACAUGGGAUCAGCUUGUGCUUUCUUCACUCUCUUCUCAUUGGUCCUGCUUGUUGCUAGCAGUGUUGAUGCAAGAACAGACCAAGGAGAAUACUGGCAAGUCAUCAUGAAAGAUCAGCCCAUGCCGGAAGCAAUUGAAGGCCUCAUCAUCCACCAGGGCUCGGUGUCGUCACCUCUCUCCCAAGAGAAAACCGACUGCCACACGACAACAGAAGCAGCAGCAAACAACAAUCAACUUGUCAAUGAUUCUGCAGAGAAGAAGGCUUUCGUGAAAGACUUUGAGCCAAGGCCUCACCAUGACAACGAAGUGGAUCUGAAAGGCAAGUCAUUUGUUAAAGAUUUUGAGCCGAGGCCAGAUCUUAGUACUUAUGAACAUUGAAGGGAAAUCACAAGCAUGCAGAGGAACUUGGAAGUGGAUUAUGUAAGAUAUAUCUAUAUAUAUGGUUGAAUCUAAACAAUUAAGAAGCAAAUGUUGUAUGUUUGUGUGGUGUACUGGUUUGUAGUUGUGGUUUGAAGUGAGUGAUUAUGUUUAAUUACUCAAAAUAAGAAAAGCUUGUUGUGAUGGUGAUUGAGUAAUAGUAAUGAAGUUUUGUGUUUUUUUUACGUCAA